GAGUUGCUCCUGCAGCGGCGGCGGCAGCGCCAACACUAUCUCCUACCCAUAAGACAUGUGGUUCAGAUGUGAUAGGCUGUCAUCGCCUCAGCAGUGCAAGGAAGGCACCCCUGCAUUAUUGUAACUAGAGACAGAAGGUACGCUAGAUGAGUGAGUUACACUAGAAUGGCAGCUGGGAUGAUGACCACAAAGGCAACUUGUUCCUGAGUCAAAGAUGCAUGCUCCCAAGUUGGAUCCUUCCCCUGACUGUGAAUGGCCUGAUCCAACCCUCCAUCAGAAAAUCCCAUCUUCACUUCCACUGUUCCCUACUCCACUCUGCUAUCCUCUGUUCUUCUUCUCUUCAUUCAUUGACCUAGCCUGACCCUCUGCAUGCCUGACAGUUAGAGAGGGAGGCAUAAGCAGACUAUUUCAUUGGACAAUUCAUCCCUGCUUUUGUAUGUGGUGUCAGCAGGGGGGAUAUAUGUCACAUAUGCAGCAGGGGGGCAACAGUGAAAGGCAGCCAGGCAGGGUGGGCCCCAGUUCAGGUCCUGAAGCUAGAGGAGAGACAGGAGGUUUGCACGGCCUGGGAUUAAGAAGGGCCUCAUCUCACUCAGACUACACGUCUUUGAGUAAGAUGAGCCAAAACACCAAGGAGAGCAUGGGGGUUCUUGGCCAGGGCUUGAAACAGCUGUUCCAGCAGCGUAAACGCCUCUCCCUCUCUCGCUCGACCAUGCCUUCAUCAUCUUCCUCCUCAUCUUCCUCUGUGGUGUCAGCAGGUGGUACCAACCCCUGUGCCCCUGAGGACAUUUGGGCGUCCAGCUGUCCUGACUCUGACCGCCUCUCUGCUCCUAUGGUUCGUUCUACAGCUGGCAAGGGCUCAGGCGCUGCAGGCAUGAUGAGGCGUGGGACCAGCCUGCAGAGCCGACGCAGUAAAGGAUCCGGGUCUGGGAGCGGAGACCGGGAUCCACUUCUGCGAAGUAGCCCUCAGGCUCCUCAUCGCCGCUACACCCAUGAUCCCCAGCAGCAUACCAGCCGCCCACGCUCCUCCUCUACCACCGACACCACACCCAGCAGCCCUGCCCUCGGAUACACUGGCGGGGAUGUGGGACUGUCAUCUGGCUACCAGUCUACCGAAGAGACGGACAGAAUUGACCGGCUGGAAGUGAGCGGCCUGGGCCAACCACCCCUAGCUGUUACAUGCGGGGCAGACGGUUCAUUUUCUGCAGGCGAGGAUGGGACUCCAGAUCCUCAGCGCACCAAGCAGGCUAUCGCCCAGCUGCAGCAGAAAAUCCUCAAGCUCACAGAGCAGAUUAAAAUCGAGCAGACAGCCAGGGAUGAUAAUGUUGCCGAGUACCUCAAACUAGCCAAUAAUGCCGACAAACAGCAAAGCACACGCAUCAAACAGGUUUUUGAAAAGAAGAACCAGAAAUCGGCACAGACGAUCCAGCAACUGCAAAGGAAAUUGGAGCAUUACCACCGGAAGCUGCGUGAAGUGGAGCACAACGGUAUCCCACGCCAACCCAAGGAUGUUCUUCGGGACAUGCAGCAGGGCUUAAAGGAUGUUGGGGCCAAAGUCACAGGCUUCAGUGAAGGCGUUGUGGACAGUGUCAAGGGAGGCCUCUCCAGCUUCUCACAGGCCACCCACACCGCUGCUGGCGCAGUCGUCUCCAAACCCCGGGAGAUUGCCUCACUUAUUCGCAACAAGUUUGGCAGUGCUGACAACAUCCCUGCGCUCAAAGACUCUCUGGAUGACCCCACGGUGGAAGAGGGCGUGACGGGGGCUGGUGGACGUUCUCUCGGCAAUGCUGGUCACCACCUCCAGUCCAGUCCCAAGUACGGUAGUGAAGAAGACUGCUCUAGUGCUACAUCAGGCUCGGCAGGGGCCAACAGCACUACAGGGGCCCCGGGGGGUCCCCCGAGUUCCAAGGGCAAUACACUGGAGAGGAGCAAAAGCUCCAGUCUGGACAUGCUGCUACAGGAGGUGCAGGAGUUGAGGGAGGGCCAGGCACGGCUAGAGGAGAACUUGGACGAUUUGAAGACCCAUUAUCAAAGAGACUACACAGUCGUUAUGCAAGCUCUGCAGGAGGAACGCUUCAGGUGCGAACGUCUGGAGGAGCAGCUGAACGACCUGACGGAGCUUCACCAGAACGAGAUACUCAACCUCAAGCAGGAGCUGGCCAGCAUGGAGGAGAAGAUCGCUUACCAGUCCUACGAGAGAGCCAGAGACAUCCAGGAGGCGUUGGAGGCUUGUCAAACAAGGAUUUCUAAGAUGGAGCUCCAGCAGCAGCAGCAGCAGGUCGUCCAGUUGGAAGGGCUGGAAAAUGCCACAGCACGGACCCUCCUAGGAAAACUUAUCAAUGUGCUGCUGGCCCUUAUGGCUGUUCUUCUGGUCUUCGUCUCAACUGUGGCCAACUGUGUGGUCCCACUGAUGAAGACACGCUCGCGCUCUCUCUCCACCCUUCUCCUUGCCCUCCUGCUGGCCUUCCUGUGGAGAAACUGGGAUGCUCUUUCUGGAUACACGCACCGGGCUCUGCAGCCCCCAGGAUGACCAGAUUGAUGCCAGAACAUGAGGCUUUGACGCCGGGUGAUAAAAUUGUUGCUUCAGUCUUGCAGAAGGCUUGAAGAAUGUGAUAACAUUAGGAUGGCUGUGUGGCCGUACACCCUAAGCACAUUCGGACACAGCCUGGAAUCAAGAUAAAGAGGAAGAAACAGAAUAAAGCUAAGAACACUUACAUUAAGGAAGGAAAAGACUGUUUACAUUUUUUGAAUGAACCAAUGUGCUGUAAUCCCUCACAGGAUGCAGCAUUGUACUGUUUUUACCUUUAGAGUUUUAUCAAUUAUAAUGUUAUUUCUAAUAAUAUUUUAUUUUCAAUGUUAUUUUAUUCAGUACCAUGUAGCAUUCUGCUCCUCUCACUCUAAAGGGGAGUUUAGUCAGGAACAUUGGUUGGCAAAUCACCCCAGAUGUCUAGCCUCAUUGAGUCAUGGAAAUGGGAGAAUCUGAUUGAUUGUCUUUAGGAAGAGAACUCUUACUUAUCUGUGAUUGGUAGAUUUGAGCCAUGGCUGAAAACCUUCCUGGGAGUUUCUCCUUUCAUACUAUGAUGAAGACUGAACAUUUUUGAAGGACUGACCAUGACUUACGCUGUGAUGACUAGAACAGUUGUGCUUCCUUAGCAUUUCUAUUAGCAAAUAUCACCUGCUUUUAACUACUGUAUCUCUUUUGUCAAGUAAAUCAAAACUUAAAAAAAAAAAAAAAAAAAAAAGAUUUUCAAUGACACGUGACGAUUUUUGAGGAAGAAAGUAAUGACAUGCUGCUUACCAUAAACUAGGCACAUAAACACACAGAGAACAUCUGGGUAUUGUUCAGCAUUUGCCAUAUUGGGAACUUGUAUAAAAUGCUGCAUGUUGUCUUUAAGAAAAUUGCGUACAAACCUGUUUUACUUUAAAAGCAAUGACGAAAUGCUGUUGGACUAGUAAAAUUAAAUUUG